GUAACUCACUCCUCGGCCUCAUUGAUCACUACCUAGUACCGCACACGUCUACAACUAUGCUGGAAUUCACACUAUCGCUGCCUCCCAUCACGCUUAAACAAUAACAAUUAAUGAAGACAUGCUUAUCAGAUGCUCUGCCAAUAACCUUCUUGGCCACCCAUGGACCUGAACCUAUUUCUCACUAUUCUGACCUUCUUGGUCUUGGUCGGACCAGCCGUCGUAGACGCAACAACGUGCUUCAGGUGUCCCAGUAGAGUUUUCCUCAAUGACGAUAUCGGAGACCGUCACCAGAUGACUUUGAAAUUGGAGGAUCUGGGAACUCCAUACGAACCUGGUUUAUUCUGCGAAUACCAUAGGCCAGAACAGAAUCGACGGCUCCAAACCUUUUGCACGUAUUGGCAGGAUGGAUAUAUCAAACAAGCCGAACGAAAUACUGAGUGUCCAAGUGAAGCUCGUGCUGUAAGCUGUUGAAGUUGUGGUGUAUUACUAUCAGAGCCGGCGAAUGAUACUUAAUUCUCUGGAGUGCUGGUUAUCUCUCGGACGCUUGUACAUUAAUACUGUCUCAAUACAAGUCCCUCUUUUUCUUCUUUAAGGGCCGAAACGCGAACGUGAAUAUAUCUAGCACCUUCCCAACCGAACGC